GAUCCGGCUGGAACCGGUUGGGCCGCGUCCGGCUCUAUAUAAAACUUUAUAAACACCCGAUUCAAAUUAGUGGGGUCGGCAGCCAGCGCAGCGAGCCGGCCGCCAGCCCCGCCGCGCCGCCCCGCUCUCCCCCUCGGCCCUCCCCCGCUUCUCGCCGCCACCGAGCGAGCCCGGCCGCCCGCCCCCGCCCGCCCCCUCCGCUCGCUCUCUCCUCGCGCGACACACGCGCCGCCCGGAGCUAUGCCGAAGAGAAAGGCUGAAGGAGAUACCAAGGGCGAUAAGGCCAAAGUUAAGGAUGAGCCACAGCGGAGGUCGGCAAGGUUAUCUGCUAAACCUGCCCCUCCGAAGCCAGAGCCUAAACCUAAAAAGUCAGCUCCAAAGAAGAGUGAGAAAGUGCCCAAGGGAAAGAAGGGGAAAGCUGAUGCUGGCAAGGAGGGAAACAACCCUGCAGAAAAUGGAGAUGCCAAAACAGACCAGGCACAGAAAGCCGAAGGUGCUGGUGAUGCCAAGUAAAAUGUGUGAAUUUUUGAUAACUGUGUACUUCUGGUGACUGUACAGUUUGAAAUACUAUUUUUUAUCAAGUUUUAUAACAAUGCAGAAUUUUGUUUUACUUUUUUUUAAGCUAUGUUGUUAGCACACAGACCGCUUUGUUGUUGUGUUUUUUGGGGGGGGCAGUGGGACAAAUGUCACUUAAUCUGUUUCUUGGAACCUACAUUUUCAAGUUUACCCCUUCCCAGUUUUUAGGACUCUUCCUGAAUGGAGCAGGAAGGGAUUCCUUUGUGCUGCACACCUCUUCCGUUUCUGGACCGCAUCAGAGUGAACGGAAGCUCCCGAGAUGCCUGUUGCCAACCUCAGAGCUGCAGUUUGCGGUGCCCUCUGCGUUUCCUUUCAUGCCUAGAGCCUCUCACGGCAGGAACGGCAUGUUGGGACUCACUGCUCUAAAUGCAUUGUCAGGUGAUCUGGACUUCUGGUGUUCAAUUUGGGAUAUAAUAGCUCUAAAAGGAGCUGCUUUCCUCUUUCAUAUUGUGGAUCUACAGAUUAAGGAAUCUGCAGUUUUUAAUUUUUCCUCGCAAAGUCAGGGUAGAUUUGUGAAGAGUUGUUAAACAACACGCUAAAUGUGAAAGUGUCCGCCCUCACUCUAAACAUUUCCCUCUGCAAGUAUACAGAAUGAAGAUUUGUCGGUUUUAUAGCAGCCUCUAUGUUUGGGUAGUCCUUGAAGGGAGGGGAGUUUGACAGUUGUUGUAAAAUGUUGCAGAUUGUAGCCCAUGUCCUGCCUAAAUUACCAUGAUUGUUUAUGAAAAGUACCUUUAAUAAAGCUGGAUACGGUUUGGCUUGGACUGUU